AUGGCAGUCAUCGAAAUUACUCCCAUCGUCAACAACUGCUGCGUGCAAUGCUGCAAAGAAGAGCAAACCAAGUGGGGGUUACCUCUUUUGGGAAAUAAUGGAAUUAUGGCAUCGGAGCAUAGGCGCAUGGGAUACAACCCGAUUAUCUGGGUUGAGACGGACGGUAUGGGUUAUUUGGCAUGGGUUGAACUCGGGAACAGGAUUGGCUGA